UUACAGUUUUCUGGUGUAACAACGGGUAGAUAUAAUAAAUUACAGCUCGUAAAAUUACAUUCAGACUAUAACAUUCAUUACAGAAUGGAUUCGUUGACGAAGGCCGCUUCAAAAUACGACGAAGCGGCAAUUUCUCGCUGCAUGGAGCUGGUGACCUCCAAACAAAAAACUUUGUACGCUGCGUGCAAAGCCUAUGGCAUUCCUCAGUCUACCGUUCGCUACCGGCUUAGCAGCAAAUGGACCACAAAAGUAAGAAAAGGACCACAAACGGUUCUUACUAAAGCCGAAGAACACAAACUUGUGCAAUACGUCAUCAGUAUGCAGAGAAAAGGUUACCCGGUGGUGAAAGAAUUGCUGCUGCACAAGGUGAAAACCAUCUUCGAAGCUUGUCCUCGUCCAAAUCCUUUCACAAACAACAAACCUGGACGAAAAUGGCUAAAGGGUUUUCUUCGCAGACAUCGUGAGAUAACCUUCCGUACGCCGGAAUCCGUAUCGUCUGCCAGCGCGAAAGUGAAGGAGUCUGACAUUCGUGGAUGGUUUGCGACAAUCACGUCCUACAUGGAGGAGAAUGACCUUAUGGCAGCUGCGUUGGACCCAACCCGAGUCUAUAAUGGCGAUGAGACAUCAUUCUUCUUACAUCCGAAGACAAAGGCUGUGCUUGCUUGUCGCGGAAGCCAAAAUGUCUUCGAAGUCGAACAUGCUGACAGUCAUAAAAACAUCACCGUAAUGUUUACAUUCGGAGCGGAUGGAUCUGCUGUAGAACCGGGAGUUGUUCUUCCAAUGCAGCGUUUGUCUGCAGAGCUUCUACGCAUGUUUCCUGGAGAUUGGGGAAUUGGCAAAAGCUCUAAAGGAUGGAUGGACACUACCAAUUUCAUGUUGUACAUCCAAAACGUUUUUCUCAAACAUCUCCAAAAGAGAAAGGUUAAGCUUCCGGUGCUGUAUUUCGUUGACGGUCACUAUUAA